GGACCAAGCCUUUCCGUCGACACCGCAUGCUCGGCAUCUUUGGUUGCGCUACAUGUGGGGUCUCUGUCAAUAAUUCUCGACAAGAUAUCACAUGCCGCAAUUGGCGGGAGUUUGUUGAUUGCUUCUAUCGUGUCAAUCGCUUUCUCCGCAGCAGGAAUGCUUUCUGCGCAUGGGCGAUGUCACACGUUUGACGGUUGA